GGACAUUUUAAGAUUUGUUAUUGUAUUUCGCAGGGACAACAAAUAGCAGGCAAAGGUCGAUGCUUCCGUAUUGCAUGACGUCCCCGUCUUGAUUAACAGGGACUGUGCUCUGCGUUUGUUCCCCCCCUGACCUGGGCCACGUACUCUAACCAGGGGCUAGCUCAGUCCUAGCUAGCCCUGAUGUGGCAGCAGGCUAAUGUUCUGUGGAGCUGAAGUUGAAGUUAGCAUUUAAGGUUGCUGUCUCUCGUCUGUAGUUUAUUUUAAAAUAUACAUAUUUAUCAAAUGGGGGACGUCUUAGAGAAAAAGACUUCACCUUGUGAGGCGAAACUCGACACCAACACCGGGUCGAGCAUUCCAUGCUCUACUGUUUGGGGAACGUGGAUGUCUGACGUCAGGGGGAACCCUUGUGAACCGGGUCCUGACCCUGUGGGACCCCCGAGUGAUGAGGCUCCCGGGCCUGACCUCCAGAGUCCUCAGCCGGCCGGUCAGCCGUCCUCAGCAGAUGCCAGCCCCUCGCCCUGCGCGGAGACAAGUGGCUUGUUGUCUCUGCCCUGGGAGAUGGUCACCCUCAUCGCCUCCUACCUUCCUGCGCAGUGUGUCACCACCGUGCUGCCAAAGGUCUGCAAGACAUUGGGUAAUUUGGCAAAGGACAGCAGCGCAUGGCAACUCCGAGCACGUAGAUUAAUAGGAUCCCAAGCUGGCUUUCCAGUGGGGCCAAGGGAGAACUUUGACUGGCCUACUGCUUGCCUGGAGAUGGAGCAGCUGAUAAUCUGCUGGAAAGGCAGAGCGCAACUUUUGCCCGGACAGGCCCAACAAGAGGAGGAGGAAAGUAAUCAAGUGAGGCAGCAGCAACAGGCCGGGCAGGACAGGGAACCAGGCGAAGAGGGACAGGAUGGGGGCAAAGAGGCUGAGGUAGAAGGGGCAGGGGGGGCUCUGCAAGAGGCUGCAUAUGGGGCUGGUGAAGAAAUGGUUAUAGAAGAUGGUUAUGGUGAAAUGCAGCCCAUUGAAGGUGAGGACCAACUACCAAGAUUAAGAGAAGAUAUAAAUGAGAGGGUGGAGAAUAUAGUAGCACAGAUGGAAGAAGAAAGGGACCACAGGAUGAUGUUCGAUGCUAACGGGGAAGAUGGUGCUCUUAAUCACCAAGAGAACUUGGCUGACCCCGGGAAUCUGGGAGCUGGAAGACAGGGAGAGAUGGAACAAAGUCAACCCUGCAGAAGUCCUAGCCCACCCCCAGCACUGGAACGCAUCACCAUCCCUACAGACCACAUUGCAUCAGUCAACUCUGUCCUCCUUGUCGGGGGAGAGGGGAAAGUUUGUGCCACAGCUUCCAGAGACUGGAAUGUUAAACUGUGGGAUCUACAAGCAGGCUCUACUGGGACACUGCUGCACACAUUGGGAGGACAGGGUGGGUUACACACCCAUCGGGGCUGGGUCUGGUGCCUGGCAUCUCGAGGGUCUCUGCUGGCUUCAGGGUGCUUCGACAGCUCAGUGAGGCUGUGGGACCUGCAGGCAGGUGGUGCAGUGCGGGGCCUAAUCAGAACUGAUUCGGCUGUCCUCUGCCUGUCCUAUACGACAGAUGUGUUGCUGGCUGGUACAAUGAACAAGAUGAUCACGAUGUGGGACACCAGAGCUGCCAGCCCCAUGGUGAAAAGUCUCUGUCUCCAUGGUAAUGGUGUGAUGUGCCUGGCUUCAGAUGACAAAUACAUCAUCUCUGGGGGUAAAGACCGCACUGUAUAUGUCUAUGAUCGCAGGGCAGGCAAAGUCUUGAAGAAACUGCGGCUGACCUCUUACCUGCGGUCCAUGAGCUACAGUGGCAGUGAGGUAUGGGCAGGAGACAGCAAGGGCAUGCUCCGCUCCUUUUCCAUGCAAGCAGGGACUUCCAGAGACAAGGAUUCUCAGUUUGAUGUAGGACACACUGCUAUGAUCACUGGUGUCCACAGAUCUCAUGGGAGCCUCUACACUUGUUCAUCUGAUCGUACUGUCAAGGUACACAUCCCUUGUGCGCCUCCGAGGACAUUAUGCACACUGCAUCAUCAAGUUGGAGUCAGUGGGCUGAGUGUGGACGCUGGAGUCUUCGCUGUAGCCACAGGAGAUGUGUGUGUAGAUAUCUGGAGGCCCAGAAAAUGAAAGAGAAGCGCCUGCAAACUAUAGUAUGUGGAAAGAAUGGAAAACAGAAGACAAAACACUACCUGCAGCCAAUCAACACCAUACCUGUCUUUCAGCAUUUUGAAAUUUGGAAUACUUGAACAAGUGCUUUAUAUAAAUCAAACAGCUAUGCAUCUCUUAUUAAUCAAGAUGUUGGUAGUAAUUUAAAGGAGACAUAAGCUGUAUUCUUUUUUUUUUGUUUUGUUUUUUAAACAAUUAGUUUAUUGAGUUUUCACCUUCAUUUGUUCCUUGUUUGAUUCAAAACACACAUACAGGAAUCAUAACUGUUAAUAAUGUUUGUCAUUGGCAUUCAGCGCUUUCAAAGAUGUUGGUUCCUUGUUCCAUUGUUUUUCUUCUUUAAAUUAUUUGUUUGUUUAAAUAGCCUGGAGAAUUUAACAUUUAUAAUAUUCACAUGUUCACAAACGGACUAAAUCCAUUCCAGGAACUGACAUUGCAUAAGUUAGAAAACACAAUUAGCAUUAAUGAUCCUUCAUGUGCAUUGGAAUAUUUGUAUCCUGAUACACUAUUAUUAUUAUUGUUGUUUUUGAGGGUAUGUCUGUAAAUGCUGCGUGUGUGUGUGUGUGUGUCUUCGUAAUUGUUUGGAUAAAUGUAACUAUGCAUAAUUUGCACUAUACUUGUCGGAUGCAAUGUUUAAACACUGAAAGACUGUUAACGCUGUCAUUAGAUGUCAUUAAAAUCGAAUGUCUCAUUCA